CACGCUCAACCGCCUUUCUGGCUUCAUCGAACAUAGCCCUAGUAUAGAGCUCGGAGGAAUCAACCAUGUCUGUUUUAUAUGCUUGUAAGCUCUGCCUCCUCCUUGUUCUGCUGAAUUCGGCCAGCCACACCGUCGCCGGCACUGUGGCACCACCGACACCGAGCGCGGGAUUCAGUCUGCCUAUCGUGUCCAACCACAACACUGCUGGCAUGCUCGGGCAGCUUGGCGCGAACCUCACGAGCAUAGGUCCGCACAUAGCCCCCGUGGGGUGGCCCUUGUACGGCGUCCUCGUCGGCGUCGGCUCCGGCCAAACCCGGCACUUCUACAAGCUCGGGCUGGACCUCGUCAGCAAUCUGACUUGGAUGCAGUGCCAGCCCUGCGUGCCUGAGGUUCGGCAGGAGGGCGCCGUCUUCGACUCUGCUUUGUCCCCUCGCUACAAGCACAUGAAGCCCACAGACCCCAAGUGUACGGCCCCCUACACCCCCUCCGGCAGGAACCGGUGCAGCUUCUACACCACCUCCUGGAACGUCGCCGCGCACGGCUACCUCGGCAGCGACACGUUUGCCUUCGCAGGCAGCCCCAGCGCAGGAGGAGGACACAACAGGGACGUCGACAACCUCAUCUUGGGCUGCGCACACACGACACACGGGUUCGAGCGCCUGAGCCACAACAUUCUCGCCGGGGUCCUGAGCUUGAGCAGGCACCCGACGUCGUUCAUGAGCCAGCUCACCGCACGCGGGCUGACGGACUCGCGGUUCUCAUAUUGCCUCUUCCCCGGACAGAGCCACCCCAACACCAGGCACGGGUUCCUCCGCUUUGGCCGCGACAUCCCGAGGCACGACCAUGCGCAGAGCACGUCGCUGCUGUUCACUGGAUCGGGCUACGGCCAAAGUAGCAUGUACUACAUCCGCAUCGUCGGCAUCAGCUUGAACAGGAAAAAGCUUAACGGGGUAAAGACGGCGAUGUUUAGGCGGGAUCUACAAACCCGUCGCGGGGGGUCCGUCAUCGACCCCGGGACUCCCCUGACCAGGCUGGUUCGCGCGGCGUAUGACGUCGUGGAGGCCGAGGUCGCGGCGGACAUGCACAAGCAGGGGGCGCGCCGCUCGACGGUGCCGGUGCAGGGGUACCACCUCUGCUUUGGCUCGUGGGGCCACGUGCACUUUCCGAGCUUGACCUUCAACCUGUACGAAGAAGCGGCGAGGCUUUUUAUCAAGCCGGAACUGCUGUUCGUGAGGGUGAACCAUGAGCACCUGUGCUUCGCCGUCGUGCCGGACGAGGAGAUGACGGUGAUUGGCGCGGCGCAGCAGGUGGACACGCGGUUCACAUUUGACCUCCCGGGGAAUCGUCUCUACUUUGCCCAGGAGCAUUGUAGUGCUGACACUCACCCAACUGUCUAGAUCCUAGAGAGUACUAUAUGUAUCUGCGCCGAAUGCAUUCAUCAUUAGUUGGUGCAUAAACCGAUGUGGGAACAAUUUAAGAAUAAUGGGUUACAUUCCUAAUUAUAAUGCUGAAUUUAAUGAUGA